CCGACAAGGGGGCGUCACAGGCUAAAGUCGGAUCUUUUCCUCUGCCCCUCUCUCUCUCUCUCACUCGUCCGGAGUCCCUCCAUUCCCUCAGGUGUCCUCUCAGCCAAAAAGUGGUACGAUGCCUCACGCAUACCCAUUCCUCACUCCUGAGCAGAAGAAGGAGCUCAGUGAUAUUGCUCAGAAGAUUGUUGCCCCUGGCAAGGGAAUCCUCGCUGCCGAUGAAUCCACAGGUAGUGUGGCCAAGCGCUUCCAGAGCAUCAAUGUUGAGAACACUGAAGAGAACCGGAGGUUCUACCGCCAGCUGCUCUUCACCGCCGACGACCGCAUCCUGCCCUGCAUUGGUGGAGUCAUCUUCUUCCACGAGACCCUCUACCAGAAGAGUGAUGCUGGCAAGCAGUUCACCCAACUGAUCAAGGACAGGGGCAUUGUGGUGGGCAUCAAGGUGGACAAGGGUGUGGUCCCUCUGGCCGGAACCAAUGGAGAGACAACCACCCAGGGUCUGGAUGGCCUGUACGAGCGCUGUGCUCAGUAUAAGAAGGACGGAGCUGACUUUGCUAAGUGGCGCUGCGUGCUGAAGAUCACCCCCACCACCCCCUCCAGCCUGGCCAUCAAAGAGAAUGCUAACGUGCUCGCUCGCUAUGCUAGCAUCUGCCAGAUGCACGGCAUUGUCCCCAUUGUGGAGCCAGAGAUUCUCCCAGAUGGUGACCAUGACCUGAAGAGGUGCCAGUACGUGACCGAGAAGGUUCUGGCUGAGGUCUACAGUGCCCUGUCUUUGCAUCACGUUUACCUUGAGGGCACUCUGCUCAAACCCAACAUGGUGACCGCUGGCCACUCCUGCUCCCACAAGUACAGCCCUCAGGAGGUCGCCAUGGCGACUGUCACUGCCCUGCGACGCACCGUGCCCUCUGCAGUCCCUGGCAUCACUUUCCUGUCAGGAGGCCAGAGUGAGGAGGAGGCUUCAGUCAACCUGAAUGCCAUUAACCAGUGUCCCCUGCACAAACCCUGGGCCCUCACCUUCUCCUACGGCCGUGCCCUGCAGGCCUCUGCCCUCAAGGCCUGGGGAGGAAAGAAGGAAAACAGCAAGGCCUGCCAGGAGGACUUCAUCAAGAGAGCUUUGGCUAACAGUGCAGCUUCCAUUGGCAAAUACGUUUCCAGUGGUGCAGGAGCAGCAGCUGGAGAGUCCCUGUUUGUGGCCAAUCAUGCUUAUUAAAGCACCCGACCCACGUUUCUGCACCCCUGUAACCCCCCCUCCCCACAGAAACGACUGAGCUUCCACUGGUUCCACCUGCUCUCAGCGCACCUCUCCAACCUCAGUCCUCCCUUCGCCAUUUAGCGCAAUGAAAGAGGCCUAAUGGUGUCCUAAGAGAGAGAGAGAGAGAAACUCCGAUGAACGAACUCCGAUGGUCAGCUUCAUGACCCCACAAUUACUUUUAGGUGUGCCAUCAGUUCAUUUUUUCAUAUGUACACAUUGUGUUGUUCUACAACAAAAUAAAUAGAACUAACUCACCAA